AUGCCGAAACGUUCGCGGACGUGCCAAGAGGAUUUGGAUCGACUUCUGAACAAAGUCCGAAAAUUAGAGAAGAAAAUUCGUGAGCGAGAAAAUGUUAACCCUGCGGUGGCGCGCGAUCAUGCGGAACAAGCCGCCGCCAAGCUGGCGCCAGCGUCGCCCGCGCCACCAUCUACCCUCACGAAUCAUGCGCCGACAGGUACAUACGGAAUCGAACCGUCCGACUGGUCUCAGUAUGACUUAGACCAGGUCAUUUACGAUCAAAACUAUGGAAAUAGUAUUAAUUUCCAAGAGGCAUUCGUCGAAGAUGUAGCAGAGACUCCGGAGGCUAAUUUCAUUGGAGAUGAUAACCCAGAACCAAUAACGCCACCUAUUAUAGUAGGCGAAAGUUCAGCCCUAGAUGCAGAUGCCCUCGAAAUCCUAGGUGACGAUCCGUCACUGACUGAAAAACAUGGUAAGGAAAUUAUUCCUGAACUGGCCUCGCGCCUUCAACACAUAGCAACCACAGGCAUUAGCUAUGAGAUGCGCAAGGAUUUAUUAUCAAAGUAUCUGAUCCCAUCUAACUGCUCUCAUAUUGACGCUCCAAAAAUUAACCCUGAAAUAAAAGCUGCUAUUCCAGAAACGGUAGCUAAAAAAGAAAAAGGAUUAGCUGUCAAACAAAAGCAAAUGGCACACGCCAUUUCAUGCCUAGGAGAAAUUUUAUCUAAUGAAAUGAAUUCUAAAAAUAAAAAUAAAGAAUCAUUACAAAAACUUAUGGACUUAGCGAGACUUUUGUGUGACAUUCAGCACAAUGAUUCAGUCACAAGACGGAAUUUUAUAAUAUUUUCUCUUAAGAAAGACGUAAAAGAACAUCUUUCCAAUACGAAGAUUGAUUCCUUUCUGUUUAGCGAAGCUCUACCUGAAACGCUAAAACAUGCCAAGACAAUCAAUAAAUCUAUUACUGAGCUUAAGGCAAAUACACCUGCCAAACCUAAAAAGCCAGUUACCUCUUCUAUGAAGCCUUUAAACCGCAAGCCCCCGGGUACAGCGUACAGGCCGCAGACCCAGCCAGGGAGGAACUACCAGCCUGCAGCCCCCCGCACGCAGCAGCCCGCGCACUCAUCCAAGACGUUAUCGCGUCAACCAGCAGCGAAAACAGCUCCACUGCGCCGCCGAUACUAAAUACACUCACGUCGGCUACACGAAUCAAUUACCCUGGUGGCAGCAGUCUUAUCCGG